AAAUCAUUCCUCACCACGGAAGAAGGCCAUUUGGCACCAGGGACUUGGCGGUGACCAGACGCAAAACCUGAUCUCUGAAGGAAGUCUGCCCAGCCAUGGCGGAUGUGGAAUUUGGACGCAUGUCAAUCAAGGAGAGCAAGGAGGACAUCAAAGCCAGCCCCGCGCGGCCCCACUGGUUUGAGCAGUACGUCCAGCCCUGCAUGGGCGAGCUGGUGGGCUCGGCCUUCUUCAUCUUCAUGGGCUGCGUGUCGGUCAUCGAGAACGCGGACGGCACCAGCAGGCUGCAGCCGGCCCUGGUGCACGGACUGGCCCUGGGGCUCACCAUCGCCGUCCUGGGCAGCAUCAGCGGGGGCCACUUCAAUCCUGCCGUUUCCCUCGGAGCCUGGCUGAUCGGCGGCCUGAACAUGGUGAUGGUCAUCCCGUACUGGAUCUCCCAGCUGUGUGGGGGGCUGAUCGGGGCCGCUUUUGCCAAGCGGGGCAGCCUUCACGACCAUCACGUCGGACGACCACCUGGGGAGGGCUUUGAUCAGCGAGGUCAUCAUGACCAUGUUCCUCGUCCUCACCGUGUGCAUGGGGGCCAUCAACGAGAAGACCAAGAGCCUCCUGGCCCCCUUCUGCAUUGGCUUCACUGUGACCGUGGAUAUCCUCGCAGGGGGUGCUAUCUCAGGGGCCUGCAUGAACCCAGCCCGAGCGUUUGGCCCCGCGCUGGUUGCCAAUUACUGGGAUUACCACUGGGUGUACUGGGUGGGCCCCAUGGUGGCCGGACUGCUGGUCGGAGCCUUGAUCAGGUUCCUGAUUGGAGACAAGAAAACUCGCCUCUUCCUCAAAUAGCACCGCCCCCCCCCAGUCAACUGGGCAGUCCAUCCAACGGGGGUCUUCUCUGCCUGACCAGGGCUCUCUCGCUCUGGCUGCCCCUGCUACUUCUGCUGCCCUCUCUGCCCGCCACCCCCGGCUGAAUGGCAGUUCCACCCCCUGGCAGGGCAGCCCUUGGACUCUUCUGGGAGGGAGCUUCUCUCCCAAAACUUACUCUGGGCAUUCCUGGGGGGGGGGCGGGGGCUGGUCAGGGGACCCCCCCUCCUUCCUUCUGUAUCCUUCACAUGUCAGUGAUGAGAUUUCUCCCCAAGUCCCCACUGCAAGGAAAGGAUCUGCCCCGCCCUUUGCUUUUCUGGGGGGAGAUGCUACAGAGAGAGGGUUGGGGGGGGGCUCUAAAGGUCACUCCUCACCCCCUCCCAUUAAUCCCAGGAGGGGGCAGCUCUCCUGCUGGCCUGGCCUUCCACCCACUGCUGCCUUUCGCAGUGUCCAAAUUCAGCCACCCACAGUGGCCAGCUCGCGCCUGCCUUGUGUCCUGCCAGGGCUAGCAGCCGUGGCUUCUUUGGUUGGGGCGUGGCAGCAGCGCGGGCUCACCUUUGCCACCUUCCCCUGUCAGGCCUCCAGGUUCUUCUCCUCCUCCUCCUCCUCCUCCUCCUCCUUGCAGGGCAGCCGAGGAGGACCCUCUGCAGUUCAGGAGGUGGGGGCGUUUUUCCUGCAGGCUCCGGGCUCUGCCCUCCCUGGCACAGCAGGGGGGUGGGGGGGUGGGAGUGGCUGCCACGCUCCUCCUCGCCCUUUGGCAAGUGCUGGUUCUGCGAAGAAGAAGAAGAAGAAGAAGCUGUAGAUCCUAAUAAGGUGAAUCAAAGCAGAGCUUCUGGAAGGCGGCCCAUAAAUCACCUCCAGCGACAGCCCGAAUUGAUGGCUGGAUUCCUCCUUUUCAAGAAAGCGGGGGAGGCUGGGGGGGCUCCCUUCCCACCUGCCUGAUCAAAGGGCCCCCUUUCUUUUGGGCUGGCUCUUCCCGCAGCCCGAGACUCGGGUGGUGGGGAGCUGGGGGAACCUCCUGCUUUCCAUUUCCAGUGGUCAGGGGAGGGGCUUGCAAGGUUGCUCCGCUGGGAUUUUCCUUCCCUUCUGGCAGCAAUUCAAUAGGUGCAGCUUCUCCUGGCAUACCAAGGCAGUGGUGGAGAAGGCUGGCAAAGGCGGGGGGGGGGGGAAUUGAUGGUGAGUUCGGCCUGUCUUACUCGGCAAGGAACUGCACUCUGAAUGUGCACAGAGGGCGCUCCUUUUGAUUCUUCCUGAGGGUAUUCUGAGGCUAGGUGGGUGCUUAGAGUAAACAGUGAGUUUUAAAGCAAGAGAUGAACAGGUUGGGAUUCCUGCCCCCCAACAAGGGGGAGGAUGUGGCCCACUAGCUAGGGGGAAGGAAAGGCACUCUGUGCAUGUUCAAAGACAUGACUUCCAUCACUGUCAAGAAACGUAUUUCAAGACUGGAGCCCCCCAACCUGAUUCUAGCCUGUGUCCUUGUUUGCCUUGAAAUGGGGCUGGUCUCCCCCAAUAAAUACCAAAUGAAUUCA